CGGGACCCGCGAGGCGAGGCGGGACAGGGGGUGGGGGUGGAAAAUGGUCUUAACCAGUAAGCUGAUUGGCUGGAGAGAGGUGCGGAGGGGCACAACAUUUAAGGCCUUUUGUGGCAGAAGAGACCACCAGGCGGGCUAGUCCGUCGGGCUGAGACCGUGAGGCUUAGGAUGGCUUCCACGCGAAUCCGAGAGGCCAAGGAGAGCGAUUGUGGAGACAUUAUGAGGAUGAUUCGGGAACUGGCAGAGUUCGAGAAACUGUCCCAUCAGGUGAAGAUCAGUGAAGAAGGUUCCCGUCCUUCCCCGCCCCCCUCUGCCUUUUUUGUCAUACCUCCGAUCUCUGUAGCCCUGAGAGCAGAUGGCUUUGGAGAGAACCCUUUCUUUCACUGUUUGGUGGCAGAGAUUAUUCCAGCCCCUGGGGAGCCACAAGGGUCCCUUGUGGUGGGCUACGGGCUCUACUACUUCAUCUACAGCACAUGGACCGGACGAAACAUUUAUCUGGAAGACAUCUAUGUGAUGCCGAAAUAUCGGGGUCAAGGGAUUGGUACCAAAAUAAUCAAAAAGGUGGCUGAGGUCGCUCUGCGUAAGGGGUGCUCCCAGUUCCGCCUGGCAGUUCUGAACUGGAACAAGAAGGCCGUGAACUUGUACAAGUUUCUAGGGGCUCAAGAUCUGACCGAAUCGGAAGGCUGGCUCUCCUUUCGAUUUGAAGGAGAGGCAAUGAGGGAGUUGGCCGGAUGCUGACUUAUCCCCCCUCUCUCUCUUCUUUGGGGUUACCAUCUGGAGUUCCUAAGAUUCACAGGCACUGACCUGGACAGACACUCACUCAGAGCCUCCCAGGAUGCAGAUUUCUAAAGUAUAGAAAGAGUGGAAGCAAGCGGGGGAAGCCUUGUUGGGGACCACAAAUAAAAUACCUACUUUACCCUGAUGGGUAGAGGAUAUGCUGCUGCA